UGACCCUAGUGGUUUGUGUCCUUGGCUGUGUGUAUUUGACAUGUGAGCAGAAACACAAAAACAUCAGUAACAUUAUGUCUUUCCCUAAAAAACCCGGCGGUAAGGCGCUGGACGUUUUAAAGACUCUUCCUCGGAUAUCUUUAGCAAACUUACGACCUGAACCUGGAGCCACAAAGCUGGAAAGAAAGCGAGGCAGAGGACUUCAUGGAGGCAACAGGAGUGGAAGAGGACAUAAAGGAGAGAGGCAGAGAGGUACCAGGCCCAGGCUGGGCUUUGAGGGGGGUCAUACUCCUUUUUACUUGGCCAUCCCAAAAUAUGGCUUCAAUGAAGGACACAGCCGCCGUCCUCAGUACCAGCCUCUUUCUCUGAAGCGUCUGCAAUACCUGAUCGAUCUGGGCCGAGUCGACGCGACGCAGCCCAUCGACCUGACGCAGCUCGUCAACGCCAGAGGAGUGACGAUCCAGCCUCUGAAGAAGGACUACGGAGUCCAGCUGGUCGAUGAGGGUUGUGACAUGUUUGCUGCAAAAAUCAACAUAGAGGUUCAGAGAGCUUCUGAAGGAGUCAUAGCUGCUAUUGAGAGGAACGGAGGGACCAUCACCACCAGCUUCUACGACCCUCUAAGUCUUGGUAUUCUCAUCAAGCCGGUCCCGUUCUUCUUGCGUGGGCAGCCCAUCCCGAAGCGUAUGCUACCGGGCGAGGAUAUGCUCCUGUAUUACACAGACGCCGAAAACAGGGGCUACUUGGCAGAUCUGGAGAAAACCAAGCAGGCCCGGUUAGCGCUGGCGCUGAAGUACGGAUACACUUUGCCAGAUAUUUCAAAGGACGAACUGUAUCACAUGCUGCGUAUGAGGAAGGAUGUUCGACAGCUCUUCUUUGGACUUGCUCCAGGCUGGGUCGUUAACAUGGCCGAGAAGAAGAUCCUUAAACCCACUGAUGAGAAACUACUUAAAUAUUAUAAUUCUUAGGAGUAAAAAAUGUGCGUUACGUCAUGGGAAAAGUCAGAAAAAUACUGUUGUGUGUGUUAAAAACUAAAAAAACUGAACAUAUUUCCAUUUUAUAUUAAAAAUAAAUGUAUAAAAACAG